CGUAAGUGCAUUAAACCGAAUGGGUGGAUGUUAUUUCCGUGUCUCGUGCGCUGCUGCGUUUCACUAACCGGGUGUUUAUCCGAGCACCACCACCAGUAGCACUUCUCCUCUUCUCCCUCCUCCUCCUCCUGUCCGUUUCUCAGAUGCUCAGGAUCCCGAGCUGACCGGGUGCGAUGGCGCAGCUCUACUACGGCGGAGGCGGCGCGAGCGGCGGCGGCGGCAGAGGGAGCGCGUUCGCCUCGCGCCGCGAUCGCAUCCGUUUGCGCGUGGUGCGCGCCGAGCCGGAGCUGUCGGCGCUGGAGAAGGCGUACCUGAGCGCCGUGGAGAAGGGCGACUACGGCAGCGUGAAGCGCGCGCUGCGGGAGGCCGAGAUCUACUUCAAGAUCAACGUGAACUGCGUGGACCCGCUGGGGCGCACCGCGCUGCUCAUCGCCAUCGAGAAUGAGAACCUGGAGAUGGUGGAGCUCCUGCUGGCGCACGACGUGCAUGUAGGGGACGCGCUGCUCCACGCCAUCCGCAAGGAGGUCGUGGGAGCUGUGGAGCUGCUGCUCAACCAUAAGAAGCCCAGUGGAGAGAAACAGGUUCCACCUAUCCUGCUGGACAAACAGUUCUCUGAAUUCACCCCAGACAUUACGCCCAUCAUCCUCGCUGCCCACACUAACAAUUACGAGAUUAUUAAGAUGCUGGUACAGAAAGGUGUGUCAGUGCCUCAGCCCCAUGAGGUGCGCUGUAACUGUUCUGAGUGCGUAUCCAGCUCAGAUGUGGACAGUCUCCGCCACUCGCGCCUACGCCUUAACAUCUACAAGGCCCUGGCAAGCCCGUCACUCAUCUCACUGUCUAGUGAGGACCCGUUCCUGACCGCCUUCCAGCUCAGCUGGGAGCUCCAAGAGCUCAGCAAGGUGGAGAACGAGUUCAAGGCAGAGUAUGAGGAGCUGUCUUAUCAGUGUAAGCACUUUGCAAAGGACCUGCUGGACCAGACACGUUCCUCACGCGAACUGGAGCUUAUCCUUAACUUCCGUGAUGACCUUAGUCUUCUGGAUGAAGAAAGCAACAACGAGCUGGCUCGGCUUAAACUGGCCAUCAAAUACCGACAGAAAGAGUUUGUAGCCCAACCGAACUGUCAGCAGCUCCUGGCUUCACGAUGGUACGAUGAGUUCCCAGGCUGGAGGAGGCGCCACUGGGCGGGCAAGUUCAUCACGUGCAUCUUCAUCGGCCUCCUCUUCCCCCUCUUCUCCAUCUGCUACCUGGUGGCGCCUAAAAGCCGCAUCGGACUCUUCAUCCGAAAACCCUUCAUCAAGUUCAUCUGCCAUACGGCAUCCUACCUGACCUUCCUCUUCCUCCUCCUGCUGGCCUCGCAGCGCAUUGUUCCCACAGACCCCAACCGCCAAGGCCCCAAGCCCACCACUGUGGAGUGGAUGAUCCUGCCGUGGGUUCUAGGUUUCAUAUGGACGGAGAUCAAGCAGAUGUGGGACGGUGGAUUUCAAGAUUACAUCCACGACUGGUGGAACCUUAUGGAUUUCGUCAUGAACUCUCUCUACUUGGCAACCAUUUCACUGAAGUUGGUCGCAUACAUUAAGUACAGCGAAUGUAAAUCCAGGGAAAGCUGGGAAAUGUGGCACCCCACACUGGUGGCCGAGGCUGUGUUCGCCAUCGCUAACAUCUUCAGCUCUCUGCGCCUCAUCUCUCUCUUCACGGCCAAUUCUCACCUAGGCCCUCUGCAGAUCUCACUGGGCCGAAUGCUGUUAGACAUCCUAAAGUUCCUUUUCAUCUACUGCCUGGUGCUGGUGGCCUUCGCCAACGGACUCAACCAGCUCUACUUCUACUACGAGACCAAGGGCAUCGAUAACUGCACGGGCAUCCGCUGUGAAAAGCAGAACAACGCUUUCUCAACGUUGUUCGAAACAUUGCAGUCUUUGUUCUGGUCCAUAUUCGGUCUGAUCAGUUUGUACGUGACCAACGUUCAGGCCGACCACAAGUUCACCGAGUUUGUAGGAGCCACGAUGUUUGGCACUUAUAACAUCAUCUCCCUGGUGGUGCUCCUCAAUAUGCUCAUCGCCAUGAUGAACAACUCGUAUCAGCACAUUGCAGAUCAUGCUGACAUUGAGUGGAAAUUUGCCAGGACUAAGUUGUGGAUGAGCUAUUUUGAAGAAGGAGGUACACUGCCACCGCCGUUCAACAUUAUCCCCAGCCCCAAAUCUAUGUGGUACCUCAUUAACUGGAUUAAGUUUCACAUUUUCAGAAGAAGGUUGAGGAGUACAGAAACAUUUGGCAUGUUAGGGAGAAGAGCUGCUGAAAAAGUAAGACUCAGUCACCAAUAUCAGGAGGUUCUGAGAAACCUGGUGAAAAGAUAUGUAGCGGCUAUGAUCAGAGAUGCCAAGAAAGAGGAAGGACUCACGGAAGAAAACUUCAAGGAGCUGAAGCAGGACAUCUCCAGUUUCCGCUAUGAGGUACUGGGGAUGCUGAAGGGCAAUUCUCUGCGUGGGACCAAGAUGGUUUCAGGAACGUCAGCCUCUUCACAUCCAGGCUGUUUGCACCAGUUCAAGAUCAAGCCAAGUUCAUGUGAGCUGAGCUCCGAAUGUGUGCUGGAGCCUCGGAGCAGCCUCCUCAACGGCUCGAUCGUGUCCUUGCCUGAAACCUCUGCCAAAGAGAAGCACAGGAAUGACAUUUCCAAUGACUUUGGUCUGUUCCAAAGCUCUAAGCGAAAGACAAAUCACUGUUCCAACACAAAUAUCUAUGCGGUUUUUGAAGAGGACCGGGAAUUAGAGAUCGAGCAAUCUGAUCGUGCGAAGGAGGACGGACGUGAGCGUCCGCUGGCUCAGGGACAUACAGACGACGGGGAUGAGUCUAUGGAGGGAGAGGAAAGAGAGCCAGCUCCAGCUGAGACUGCAGAUCAGAUCUGCUCUCUUUCACCAACAGACACAUAACGUGAAAACAAGUUGAGAGAGUUGAUGAGUAAGAUCACCUUUUAAGGUCAGAAUCAGGUCGCUUCUCAUGCUCGUGUGCCGAGGCGAGGUACGGUCAGGCUGGAACUGGCACACGUCCGAGAAUAGACAUCCUUCUAAUCUGAAGUCUCAGGGAAAGGCCAAAGCCUGUUGCAAUUUUCAGCUGUCUUUGAAUGAAGAAUGAAUAUCCAGCACCUUCUGAAUUCAAGGCCAACACGGCGCUAUCGCAUGCUGUGUAUCUCGGCGGAAAAUGCUCGGUUUAAUUACAACAAAAGUAGGUUGCGUAAUCCAGGAACAAUCCCAUGUACUUUUCAUUAAGCUUCAUUGUUUGUCUUUUUAGCGUGUGCAAAAAAAAAGUACCCCCCACCCCCCAUCAAUCUCCUUUCAUCUUCUGAGCACUUAGAUAGCCGACUGUUUAAACAGUGUCGAAAUUUCAAAAUGCAAACGAUUUGAGACAAUAACAUUGAAUUGUGUCCGAACCAUUUCUCAUGUAACGUUAUGCAGUGUAGCAUCAUCUACCUUACAUUACAUCACCUAGCGAUGGCUCAACACGUUAGACUAAAAAAAUAAAAAAAUAAAAAAAAAAACCUUGAUGCAUAUUUAGAGCUGUAUUCAGAGUUGACUUUAAAGGAUUCAUGCCUGGAGGGUUGCCAGGUUUUUCUCAUGCCAAGCUUUUAAUGCAGGGUUUUUUUUUUUUUGUUGAUGUUGUUGUUGUUGUUGUUGUUGUGUCUAGACCACUCUUUAAACGUGAUAAAGCAGAUUGCAUUUCAUGGGUUUUAAAAUAUGACGCGGUGGAUAGACAGAUACAAUAAUACGCACUUGAGAAGUUUCCCAGUAUACAGUACUGUAUGUAUUCAGACUGAUGGAUGUUACAGCUGCGUUUGUUAAACUGGCUACUAAAACAACACGAUCUUUGGAGGAGGACAACCAAGGCAAGGUUAGAAGACAACCUAAAAGAAAUAUGAUGGUUUCCUAAAGUAGUGAUGUCACAGUAAAUUAUACUGACACAGAAACUCGAUUUGGUCAAAAUUUGGCAGACUUUUUUUUAUUUUUCUUCAUUUUCAUCCGUUUUCAGAAUUCAGCCACGGGGUUGCCUGAUGGAAAUUUCCCAGACUACCGUGCAAAAUGUGAAUACCUUCAGGUUUACUGAUUAAUUGUCAUGUCCUAAUCGUGAUAAUCAUAUUUGUUUGCCAUGUUUGCAGAUUUGUUCAUCAAUUCAGUUCCCACUCAUUGCAAUAAUAAUAAUAAUAAUAAUAAUAAUAAUAACAGAGAAACAGGACAAAUGAAGAAAAGCUCAGUUUUAUGCAUGAUGAACUAGAAGUUCUUAUUACUUUCUAAGAAGUCCACUAAAGCACACAACGCCAGAAAGUGUGAUAUUUAGGGGUUAAAAUGCUGCAGCUGUGUGGACCAUCCAUCCAUCCAUCCAUCUUCUAUCCCGCGUUAUCCUUUUCAGGGUCGCGGGGAACCUGGAGCUUAUCCCAGGGAGCAUGGGGCACAAGGCGGGGUACACCCUGGACAGUGUGCCAAUCCAUCGCAGGGCAAAAUCACACACACUCACACACCCAUUCAUACACUACGGACACUUUGGACACGCCGAUCAGCCUACCAUGCAUGUGUUUGGACUGGGGGAGGAAACCGGAGUACCCGUAGGAAACCCCCGCACACACAGGGCCACGGUGGGAAUCCAACCCCCCCGACCCUGGAGGUGUGAGGCGAACGCGCUCACCACUAAUCCACCGUGCGCAGAUGUGUGGACGAUUCAUACGAUUAUUAUAUAUUUCCUAAUUGCAGUUUUAUAUAUUUCAUAUAAUGCAGUUUAAAUCCGAUGUAGCUUUUUGUGCGUAUUACUUUCAAAACACGGCUUUCCGUAUAAAAGUUGGCACUGGAGUCGGUAUAGCUACAUGCCAGAGAAAAGAACACACGCAGCAUUCUGAGCAACUGAGACAUGCUUCCAUUUACGGUCCAAUAAAUUCAACACAUUGAAAUUAAGAGUAUAGACCAUACCGAGCUCUGGAUACAGAUGUGCACAAUUUCAUAAUAAUAAUAAUUGAAGGUGUUCUUAACUCUGAAUACAGGCCUCAGUGAAACAAUAUUUGGAUUCUAUCUACACUGAAUAUAUCAAAAAUACAUCUUUUUUUUUUUUGUCCCUUUAAAUUAUUUUAUGCUCGUGUUCUCUAAACAACUGUAGCACUGUAUAACACCUGGAAGUUAGUCUACACACUAACAUUUCGCAUUAUGAACUAUACCUGGGUUUAGUAUGUUAUGCCUUACAUAUUAUGCUCAAUGGAAACUAAUAAACAUUACAUAACGUACUAAAACAAAUGAGUAGUAUAUCUUUUAACCUGUUUUCCAAGUCCAGUUUUGUAAGGUCUCAAACACUACACACUGUUUUAUUCCUACUUCAGGACUCUGAUCGUACUAAAGAUCCAUAUUUGGUAACAUUUCCUUUUACAGUCCCCAAGAUCUAGGUUUUAACAGGGUUAAUUUUCAUCUUGUUACCUUUUUAGGUCGAAUAGCGUGCAGGUUAUCCAGAUGUUAUACAGUUUAUCUUCCCGCUUAAACAUGCGGUAUUACAGUGACAUUUUAGGUGAGGAUGUUUCCACAUACCACUUUGGUACUCUAAAUAACCAUCCAGCUGAGAUGUUUUAUGUUCAUUUCUAGACCCUGUACGACAUUUCAGUGUACUAUUACAAGGUUUUGGUACUUUCCAAAAAUAAUAAACCAUUACCAGAGUUUGGAGCACACACUUACACUGUUAAUACGUAGAACUUAUGAGACUAUAAAAACAGGCA